UACAUUGCUCAUGCAAAACUCACUAUUAAUCAUUUUCUUAGGAUAUCUCCUACCAAAAAAAAAAAACCACUCAGAGCUAAUAGGUAGGCAAGCAUGGGUGCAAAAGUAGAUUUCACGGUGACGGUGAGCAAGGAGGAAAUUGUGGCAGCAGUGUUACCAUUGCAACAACACUGGCUACCACUCUCUAACCUUGACUUGCUUCUGCCUCCCGUCGACGUGGGAGUUUUCUUUUGUUACAAGAAACCAGAAGGCAGCAUCGUGAGCUUCACUUCCAUGGCCAGUGUCCUGAAGAAAGCCAUGGCUCAGGCUCUGGUCUCCUACUACGCCUUUGCGGGCGAGGUUGUGGCUAACACUGUGGGCGAACCCGAGCUUCUUUGCAACAACCGUGGGGUGGAUUUCGUAGAAGCUUAUGCUGAUGUUGAGCUUCGAGACCUCGACUUGCAUAACCCUGAUGAGAGCAUUGAAGGCAGACUCGUACCUGAGAAGAAACAUGGAGUGCUCUCAGUUCAGGCAACAGAACUCAGAUGCGGCGGAAUAGUGGUGGCAUGCACAUUUGAUCACCGAAUAGCAGAUGCCUACUCAGCCAACAUGUUUCUUGUAUCAUGGGCUGAAAUGGCUCGAUCCAAGUCAAUCUCUUUGGUACCGUCUUUUCGAAGGUCUCUGGUGAACCCCAGGCGUCCAGGGUGCAUCGAUCCGUCUCUGGAUCACAUGUAUGUGCCCAUAUCCUCACUACCACCCCCUAAACAGCACUAUCAACCCACUGAUCAUCUUAUUAGUCGUAUAUAUUACAUCACUUCUGAGCAACUCGACGAACUUCAAUCACUGGCCUGCACUAACGGAUACAAAAGGACCAAGCUCGAGUCUUUCAGUGCCUUCUUAUGGAAAAUGAUAGCAGUCCUUGCUGCACAGGACGGUUUCAAGUCCACCAAGAUGGGGAUUGUGGUGGACGGAAGGGCCAGAUUAGGCGAAGGAGAUGAAGAGAAAGCGAGUUCAAUGAGUUGUUAUUUCGGAAAUGUCCUUUCCAUUCCGUUUGGAGGGCAGAGAGUAAGUGAACUGAUGGAAAAACCAUUGUGGUGGGUGGCUAAUCAGGUACAUGACUUCCUGGAGCAAGCGGUGACAAAGGAACACUUCCUGGGCCUGAUUGACUGGGUUGAAGCUCAUCGUCCUGAGCCAGCACUGGCUAAGAUAUAUAGCAAUGGCAGCGAGGAGGGACCGGCUUUUGUAGUGUCAUCGGGGCAGCGUUUCCCGGUUUCGAAAGUGGAUUUCGGAUGGGGUAAGCCUCUAUUCGGGUCAUACCAUUUUCCUUGGGGAGGGGAUUCUGGAUAUGUCAUGCCGAUGCCGAGUCCUGCUAGAGAAGGUGAUUGGGUGGUGUAUAUGCACCUCUUCAAAAGGCAGGUGGAGCUGAUAGAGGCUGAAGCUAGUGGUGUGUUGAGGCCCCUCACUUCCGAUUACCUUGAACUUUCCAAUUACCAGUUGUAACAAUUGGCAUCAGAAAUCUUAAGUUUGAAAUUCUCCUGUGUACCGCAGCUAUCUGGUUUGGAAGUUGUGUUGUGUGAUCUUACUACUUAAGUUUUUAAUUGUGAUGUAAAUAUGUAAAUGCAAAAUUACGAACCUAUUUAGUGGGGGUGGUGAGUUUAAAUGAAACUGAAAUUUAUGUCCUUGCA